AUGUCCACUAGGUGGAAAUUUGUUGUGCAUGGAUGUGUUGAUGGCUACUCAAGGAAAGUAAUGUACUUAUCAUGCAGUGGAAAUAACAAAGCAGAUACAGUGCUUACAGCAUUUUUGCAAGCCGUUUCUGACCAUGGGCUUCCUUCCAGAGUAAGAGGGAACCACGGUGUUGAGAAUGUGGAAAUGACAUGGUAUAUGUUGACUCACCCUACUAGAGGACCAGGUAGAGGCAGCUACAUUACAGGACCAAGUGUGCACAAUCAGCGCAUUGAACGCUUGUGGCGAGAUGUAUUUGUUUCAUGUCUCUACAUUUACUAUUCUGUUUUUCAGUAUCUUGAAGAAUCUGGCUAUUUAGACUUGUCACAUAAUGUCCAGCUAUUCUGUUUACAUUAUGUGUUUAAGCCACGAAUUAAUGCACACCUUCAGAAUUUUACAAGCUCAUGGAACAAUCAUCCUAUACGGACAGCUGGAAAUAGGACACCAAACCAACUGUGGAUAGGUGGACUCACACAAGUACAGUUGAGUUGCAAGAACAGUUAACUCAGGUAAAGUAACAGUGUAUUUGAGUUUAUGGCCACAGCCUGCAUCUAUAUACACAUACUGUAACUUUACAAUUUUAUUAAUAUUUUUUGAGGUAAAACCAAACAGCUUUAUGCACAUGAUUUGCUAACUAUUUUAACAAAGUGACUGUCUUGCUAGGAAGGGUACAAAACUUAAAUAAAGAGGUAAAAACAACUUUACAUUCAGAAAAAUAGGAUUUAUUUCUUCAAAUUUGUAUCAAGUGAAACCAAAGAAUACUUUGAUCAAAGAACCACUGCACUUUUGGCUUGUACAAUAUCAAUAGGGGUCGUCAGCGUGAGUAUUGCUAUAUUGGCCGCCUUCCGCUAGCAAGUUUUGUGGAAAGAUAAAAGUUAUAUUUCGCAGUAUCUGCUCUGUUAGGACUGGAGUCACUAUGGGAUAGAUUUUGAAGGACUUCGACCACAAACAGAGACAGGUGUAGAAGUUGCUGUUGAUGAUAUCCCAAAUCCACUCUCAGACAGAGAUUUCUGUGACCUGUCACAACAAGUCAACCCACUUGCCCAUGAUGAAAGUUACGGGAUAGAUGUCUAUAUCCAGCCUUAA